UGCUCUCCGCUCAGUAGCACACAGAGGAGAGCGUCUCGAUAAGUUUGAAUUUGGAAAUAUCGUCCCGUGACUCCAGCGGAAGGCAUAUGUAUUCGGACUUUUGAUUCGAAGAGGAAGGCAUUUUGGAGGACGAUAGAAGUCUUUAUUUUCCAGAAGAGAACAGCAAGUGAGUGAAGGCUGCCUGUGAGCCUUGUUGUCCCGGGGGAGCCUUUUUUGUUUGGGGUCAGCCGAACUGUACUGGUGUACUGGCGCGGUUUCUUCAGCUUGGACAGAAACUGGAAAAUAUUCUCAAAUUCUUUGUGCCUGACGUGUUUGAGCCCACUGGGUUAAGCUGUGAUGAGGAGGGAAUUUAACAGCGGUGAAGCGCCAGACGGAGACAGCGAAAGCUAAGCUCAUCUCACCAACCAACGGUGGUCAACCACCACAGCUUCGACCACAGAAAUACAGGCUGCUCAUUGCAGUGAGUCAGUAUCAUGGAGGCAGGCAGCGGGGCUGCCGCAGCGGUGGGGAGUGCAGCACUAGGACUGCUGGGAGCCACAGCCACGUCCAGCCAUGACAUCUUGGACAGGGGCCUAAGGCCUGGACGUCACCUGGAGGACAACGACAUUGUGCCUGAACUGGCAAACAUCCAUCCUAGAGAGCGACCUGACUGGGAGGAGACCAUCAGUGCCAUGGCAAGGAGUGCAGAGAUCCCUGAGCUGAGGACGGAGCCCCUCAUGCGCUCAUGCAGCAGCAGCACGGCCAGCAUGAAGGUCAAGAAUGUCAAGAAACUUAGCUUCACCAAGGGCCACUUCCCCAAACUGGCAGAAUGUGCUCACUUCCACUACGAAAAUGUAGACUUUGGCACAAUUCAGUUGUCCCUUGGGGAUGAACAGUGUGAAGUGACGCGGAACGGCUAUGAGUCGAAGGAGCUGGUGUACUUAGUUCAUAUUUACUGCCAGGGCCGAAGUUGGAUUGUGAAGCGCAGCUAUGAAGAUUUCCGUGUCCUGGACAAGCACCUCCACCUCUGCAUCUACGACCGACGGUUCUCACAGCUGCCUGAGCUGCCUCGAUUGGACAGUCUGACUGACCAGUCAGAGUCAGUUUCUCAGAUGUUGUUGGCUUACCUCUCCCGGCUCUCAGCCAUCGCUGACAACAAGAUCAACUGUGGGCCUGCCCUCACAUGGAUGGAGGUUGACAAUAAGGGAAAUCAUCUGCUGGUUCAUGAAGAGUCGUCUAUCAAUGUGCCAGCUAUUGCUGCUGCCCAUGUCAUCAAGCGCUACAUUGCCCAGGCGUCAGACGAGCUGUCCUUUGAGGUUGGUGACAUUGUGUCAGUGAUUGACAUGCCCCCUAAAGAGGACACCACAUGGUGGAGGGGCAAGCAUGGCUUUCAGGUUGGCUUCUUUCCCAGUGAGUGUGUGGAGCUCAUAAAUGAUAAAGUGCCGCAGUCCAUGACCAACACGGUGCCAAAGCCAGCCUCCCCCUGCUCUGGCCUGCAGCCUGCUUCUUGGAGUCUCUUCCCCCCCUACUUGGAGAUGGAGAAUGUAAUACAGGACAGUGCAUGGGUGGCCGACCCGCUAAACCACUACAGCCUAAGUUCAGUGUCUAAGAAGCACGGGAAGCUGAUCACCUUCUUGCGCUCCUUCAUGAAGUCCAGGCCCACCAAACAGAAACUGAAGCAGAGAGGCAUCCUCCGGGAGAGGGUGUUCGGCUGCGACCUGGGAGAACACCUCCUCAACUCUGGACAUGAUGUACCCCAGGUCCUCAAGAGUUGCACCGAGUUCAUUGAGAAGCACGGUGUGGUGGACGGUAUCUACCGCCUCUCUGGCAUCGCCUCAAAUAUCCAGAAAUUGCGGCACGAGUUUGAUUCUGAGCAGAUCCCCGACCUGACCAAAGAUGUUUACAUCCAGGACAUCCACUGUGUUGGCUCGCUGUGUAAGCUCUACUUCAGAGAGCUGCCCAACCCCCUGCUCACCUACCAGCUCUACGAGAAAUUCUCUGAUGCUGUAUCAGCAGCAACGGACGAAGAACGACUCAUCAAAAUCCAUGAUGUCAUCCAGCAGCUUCCUCCACCGCAUUACAGGACCCUGGAGUUCCUUAUGAGACACCUUUCCCGCCUAGCAGCAUUCAGCUACAUCACCAACAUGCACAGCAAGAACUUGGCCAUUGUCUGGGCACCUAACCUGCUGAGGUCAAAGCAGAUUGAAUCUGCAUGCUUCAGCGGCACAGCGGCCUUCAUGGAAGUCAGAAUCCAGUCGGUGGUGGUGGAGUUCAUCCUCAACCAUGUGGAUGUUCUCUUCAGCACUAAGCUCAGCUCACUAAUACGGGAAGGAGCAGGUCACAACUCAUUGUCACGGCCCAAGUCCCUGCUGGUUUCAUCACCCUCCACUAAACUUCUGAGUCUGGAGGAAGCCCAAGCCAGGACCCAGGCUCAGAUCAACUCUCCAGUCACUGAAGACAGCAAGUACAUCGAGGUGGGCGAAGGUCCAGCUGCCCUGCAGGGAAAGUUCCACACUGUUAUCGAGUUUCCGACUGAGAGGAAGAGGCCUCCUAUUAAAUCCAAGAAGUCUCCUGUGGGUAGUUGGCGUUCUUUCUUCAACCUGGGCAAGUCUUCCUCCAUGUCCAAGCGCAAGCUGCACCGUAACCCUAGUGAACCUAAUGAACUAAAGGCUAUGGCUCUGGCCGGAGGCAGAGGAGACACUGCAACGUUAAGAUCAGCCAAAAGUGAAGAGUCAUUGAGCUCCCUGCACAAUGUUGAAGGAGAGUCCAAGGUGUACCGUCCUAGGCGGCCACGCUCCAGCAGCGACGCCCUGUCAGCUUCUUUUAAUGGCGAGCUGCUGGACAGCCGGCAGCACUGCAACUCCUAUGACAACCUGGGUGCCACAGAAGACAGCGACGGAGAUGACGGGCCCAUCUGUGUGCCUGCCCUCAUAUCACCUCCCCGCUCAGCAGGUGAAGAUGUGGACCUCAGCCCGCCAGACAUUGGCAUGGCCUCCUUGGACUUUGACCCCAUGUCUUUCCAGUGCAGUCUCCCCGACACCUCCUACUCCUUUCCCCUAGAUGACUCACCUGCCGGGGCUGAGGGUUCCACGUUAAAGAGGAGCCCGGGCAGUGUCUGUGGCGAGACCAAUGGCUCUAACUUCAUCUCUACCACCAUCCUGGGUAGCUUGAUGUCGCCCGUGUUGUCCACAGACUUGAGCGUGGCUGCUGGAGAGAAGGUGGAAAGCAAGAAACUGACCACUUCCUAUUCUUACACUGAUAAACCCACACAGGCUGUGUCGCCUAUUAAAUGUGGAAAAACCACUAGUUUGACCAAAUUUGCAACUUCAGAGCUUUUCUCUACAGAGACGCCUGACCAGAACACAGCGGGACAGAUUGUGUCUCCACAACCAUUAUCUCCUCCUUCAAUAGCCAAGGACUCUCCACCCCUGAUGGGCAGUGUGCUGUUGCGGGCAGCUGAGCCAUCGCUAAGUGAAGCUUUCCAAAUGGAGCUGCACUCUAAACUGGCAGCCUUUGACAGUGUGGACAGUCGAGAGCUGAAAGGAGAGGACAGCAUACAGCAGGCGCCAGCUGCAAGCAGCCAGGAGCAUCAAGGAGUCGUAGCUCCGGAUUCUUCAAAGGACCUCACCCCUCGUUCCCUCAGCUCUUCAGCUCCCACUACUGCUCCUCCUCCUCCUCCUCCUAAAAAUGCUGCCCGCAUGUUGGCCCUGGCUCUUGCUGAGUCUGCUCAGCAGGUCUCCAUUCAGUCUCAGUCCAGGUCCUCGGAGCCCCCCACACCGGUGUCCCCUCUGCAGCCACAGGAGGCCUCACACUUCCAGGACUUGCCACAUCCACUGGUCCAACAUUUCCAGCUGCCAUCUGAGGAAGGGGCAGGGAGAGGAAGUUCCCCACCACCAAACAGCACUGCUCCAAAUGUCACCCCAGCCUCAUCUUAUACCUCUGCUUCCAGUCCUAUAAUCAAACAGCAGCCUCUAGAGUUAACCAGCACCAUUACCAAGCCAUCAGACAGUACCAAGUCCUCUAUAACUCCACCUGGAACACAGCCAGAAACAGACCCCACACCACCAGACACUCCUUUUUACAAGUGUGCCCCUCACUCCAGUUCAACCAGCCUGACUUCCCCAAUAAGGAAAAGUCCAGAGAGGCAGCAGCCUGUCACAGGACAUGUUCCAGGCUGCACCAGCUCAACUAAUACAAGUCCAGCGACCUUGCCCAGUGGCAGCUGCAAAGAUAAUGGAGUUUUACCACAGCCUGUUCCUGAAAAUUAG